UGAAGACUGGCUUCAAUUAGUUUAAUGAAGAAUGGUUAAGCGAAAAUCCGAGAAAAAUGAAGCUCGUAAACCAACUUGAUCGACAGUCGGCAAAGUAUGGCGAACAACAUACAAUCCGCCAUCAAAACAUUCUCAGGCACACAAAUAAGGAGGGAAAAAAACGCCCAGAGAGAGAUGGAGGGACGACUAACGCACUCAAAAAGCUUUUGUAUUGCACAGACUGCAAAACAUCAGACCGAAUCUCCCCUCUCUAUCCCUCCCACGUUCCGAAAGCACACUGCGCUCAACUGAGGUAAUGUGUGCGAUAAGUGGCAGGCCAAAAUGGGUGGAGUAAAGAACGGGAUGGCCACUGAAUUUUGUUCUUCGAGUCAGUUUUGUCGCGACCGUCUGUGGGGUACUGAGAAGAUCUCGGAACCUUAGUGAACAUUUCGAAUUAUUCCUUGCGAAAAGCUGAUUGAACUCAUAUUAGUGAAACCAGUUGAACUUGUUUAACUACUGACCACCAAUUAACGUUUGUAAAGUAAUAAAAGCGGAAAGUUUCUGUACUGCAUAAACAACAUUCUUGAUUUCUUGAAUAUUAUUCAUUCUUGGAAUACGGAAAUUUGUGAGAAGCCCAUCUAGUAGUGUGCACAGUGAAUAUUUGCUUCACACGUUCCGCGCUGAAUCGUCAUCCAUCAUGCUCAGUGACGUCAUAACACAGGAUUGGUUGUCGGCCUGUCACGUGGUUAGUUAAUUGGGCUCGGUGGGCGGGAAUACUGAGUGGAGUGGGGCAAGAAGGGAGGUCGGCUCCCGACCAGUCGUUGCCUUUCGAGGAUUCCGGUAAAAUUAUUAAUGACUAUGAACUCGUUUCUGAUGAACCCUGUUUCGGGUUAUCAACAACCGCAACACAUUUCGCCGGGUGUUGUGGUGGAUCCAAAGUUUCCACCUACCGAGGAAUAUAGCCAAAACAGUUACAUUCCGGCCGCGACUGAGAACUUUUUCGGGAAUACUCCUCUGAACCAGCCGCAACAUAUCCAGUAUGCGUAUCAUCACAAUCCCCAUCACCAUCAACCGAGCUACGGAGCUUCUUUACCUCUAUCCAACUCCGGUUAUGGUGGUUAUGGUAACUAUUAUCAUCCUCAGCUGCAUCAUCCAGCUCCUCCGCUUCACCAAGCUCGACCGGUCCAGCCUCAUCAUGAGCCUCAAAAUUCACACCUCAAUUGUGCGUCGUUACCCGAUGGUCUUCCAAACCAUCCUCCUCCAACCACAACACCAUCAAGUAUCCUACACAAUAUUACAGACAUUAUUUCCCCAAAUGUUUCCCAACCCAGUGAUGUGAACAGUAGUGUGUGUAGCCCAGCUUCUGUGGGGCAUGGACAAGAUUCCAGAGGCUCACCGCCCACCCACUCCAUGCAAGACUUGGGGUUGAGAAUGGAAGAUGGGUCUGACGAACAGGACGAGCUGGAUGAUGGUCAGGAAAGUUCGGUUAAUAAUGACGAAGAAGACGACGACGAUGAGAACGGAGAUAGGCAGAUAUACCCGUGGAUGCGGAAAGUGCAUGUCGCUGGAGCAUUUUCGAAUGCGCAUGAAAUUUCGUCUAAUGGCACAAAUGGUGCCUUUGCCCCAGGAAUGGAACCGAAACGCCAAAGAACCGCUUACACUCGGCACCAGAUCCUCGAGCUAGAAAAGGAGUUCCAUUAUAAUCGCUACCUGACGAGAAGAAGGCGGAUAGAGAUCGCCCAUGCGUUGGUUCUCAGCGAACGCCAAAUAAAAAUUUGGUUCCAAAACCGGCGAAUGAAGUGGAAGAAAGACAACAAAUUGCCAAAUACUAAAAACGUCCGCAGGAAAACAAACCCGGCGGGCGUCACGACGACAGCGUCGGGAGCGACGACUACGAGCAGCGGAAAAUCGGCGUCGAAGGGCGGCAGGGGCAGCAAGGCGCAAAAUAGCGCCGUCGCCGCCACCCAACAGCAGGGGAACAACAAUGAUAAGAGAAAGAACAACAACACACGAGAGCCAAUCGACGGUCUGGGUGAUCAUAUGCUAGGCAUGUCGUUGACGACCCACCAAAUGCCCACCUCGAUUUCAGGUCACUCACAUGCCCACCCCAUGAGCUCUUCUCUCCAUCAUAACAACCCCCUUAUGGACUCGUCGAUGAGCCACAUGGGUGGUUCCUUAGGGGGUCCCACUAUGGCUCCCCUUUCUUCGCCCCCAGGCUGCGGAGGCACGCCGCCAGUUAUUAAACCGGAUUACGACUUGACUGCAUUGUAAGGGUAGGAGAGCUGGCAAAGCUACAAAUUAAUUAAACAAUAUGGGUGAUGUUAAUAUGUACGUUUCGUUGGUCAGAUCGUAGCUGAGUCUUAGGGUGAAUGGUUUGAUUAUAUGUUUACUUUUUAGAUAAACUGAUUGAAAUAAUGAUGAAAGACAUUGUUCAGUUAUAGAUUUGUAGAGUUUAAUUUUAAGCAGUAAUUUUAAAUUCGUUCAUUCAAGUUGCCAUGUUUUCUUUGGGGAAUUUUUAGGCAAAUUAAAUAUUGUAUGGUUGUAGUUUCGUAGUGAAAUUGAUUUAUUACUUGCCCAACAAGGUUAAUUUUUAAUAGUGUAACAGAAGAGAAAUGUGUUGUGAUGCUUGUGGUUUUAAAUGCUAAGUGAAUUUAAUAGUUUGACACUGGUGACUUAACAGUUUGCAUCCAAUUGGCUCUUGUCGAUGAAAAUCGAUGAGGAUUUAAAUACGUUGUCUGUUGCGAGUUUAAAAUUGAUUAGAAACAUGUGAAUACCAAAAAACAUUUAGUUAAUUUUAAGCAACCCGAAUUACAAAGUGAAUAUAGUUCGGAUUGAAAAUUAGUAGAAUUUUGCUCAAUUAUUUCACCCACCUAAAUAUUGGAUCAAACCGAACUCUGCUUGCACGACUAGAACACAAAAGGAACAUUUAAUUAUUAUUUUUUACCCAUCUAUAUAAUAAAAGCGCGUUUUCAGAACAGCAGGUAGACACUCAAAAGUUCUUUGUGUAUAGUUUCCAUGUUUCGUGUGAGCUCCGGUGAGAUUUCUAUCCCAGUAAAAAAGGAAUAAAUCUUCCGUAGUAUCUCGAUUGAAAUGAAUAACCACCGGACAAUGAAAAAAUAGUGUAUUAUUUGCCAAAAUAUCUGCAUAAUUAGUCAUCAGCAAGUCCGAUGUUGUUCAAUUGGUACUGAAUUAUCCACGGCAGGGUAAAGGCUUCUACGGUAGGUUUUAGAUCUAGGCUCCCCUGCAGUGUUCUAGUUUUCUCCAGACAAUUUAUUGAAGGAUAUUGACUAUCAAAGAACGUGAUGAUUCGGCCAUUGCUUGGAAAAUUUUAACCGGAUGAGCUUCAGUCCCUGCUGAAAUUGAUUAGGAUACUUUCAGUGCCAAUUCCCGCACUAUCAGAGGCUAUGACUUAUGAACGAUUAUAUUUUUAUUAGUGAAGUUAAAUUGCCUUUCCGAGUUGAUCAUCUAAGUCUGCUUGGCGAACAAGUAUACUUUCUUACAGUUUCAGAACUAAUAAAUGAAUUGUUCUGUCUCUGAUUUAAGUGCUUUGAAGGCAUUUUCCGUGCCAAAGCUGUUAAUUCUCUUUGAUGGUAAUUAAUCAAGAUUUACAUACGUUACCUGCUUUCUAGAUUUGUGUUAACAGUUCUUCAAUCGAACUAUGUUUGAAAACCGGGCCUUGCCGGCAAGAUUAACAUUUAACGAAACAAACAGGUAAUAUUGCUAAUUUUUAAAACCUAAAUUAUAUAUAUAAUUAUAUUUCCAUAUGUGAAAUCAUGUAUGCCGGACAGCAUUUGAAUAAUUUCAUUCAAUUUCCCGUAUUCAAACCAGAACCGAAUUUCAUGAAACAUUUAGUAGGAUGAUUAAUUAAUUGAAUCUCGGGCUAGGUUACACGAUAUAUCACAUAAUAGGUAUAAUGAGCCUCGUGUAUUUAGGGAAAGUUCGGUUUCCAGUCGAAUACUUCCUGUUCCAAUAUGAUUUAAUUUUGCUUCAGUAUCGAUAUCAAUAAACUAUAAUUUAUUACCGUUUUUAAAUAUUGCAUUAACAUGCAAAUUAUUUUACAUGUGUUUACUUCUGCCGUCGGUGAUUUGGUCCAAUUUAUUGGAACAGCUCUGAAAAAGUAAGCCAUACAAAGUCCUUACUGUUAUGGAAUUUAAUUUGGUUCAGGUGAAUAUUAUUCACAACCGAUAAAUUCAAUUGUAAGACGACUAUAUUGAAAAAAAAAGUUGAGGGAGUUACAAGAGACACGAACUUUUCGUUGUUAACUAAAAAAUAGUACACUACACAACUGACUUAAAUGGAUGUCUUUAAUCUUUUAUCAGCAAGUCUUGGAAACUAAAGAUAAACCUUCAAAUUUAGGGAAAACUCUGACCAAAAUAUUCAAGAUUUAAAGAAGUUUAUAGCUAACCCAGCUAUAGAUAGUCUUCUAAUGCCAAAACCACUUAUUUUGCAAAAAUGCAAAAAUGCACGUUGAUAUCGGCAAUUCUAUCGAGCCUUGAUCACCACUGAAAGUAGUAGAAGACUUACGAUUGUCAUUACUAAACGCAAUUGUAGUUAGUGAUUGACCAUACAUACAAUUCGGAGCAAACUAUUUAUUUUGCAGAAUAAAACAGGACCAUUAUUUUUUGAAACCUUCACACAUUAACCAUGUAAUGAACAUUGACACAUACCUAAUAGAAAAUUGCUAUUUUUUUUACCGUACUUUGUGAAAACAUAAGUAACCACCAACAUUUUUGAAAAUCAGCACAGAAUUCCUGUCUUGUCACAUGCACCAAAAGAUAAAACUACGAACUUUUUGAGGUGAUCAGCCAACAAUUAAACACAAUUUGCAGGCUUAGCUAGCUCAUACUGAUUAGUGAUAUUUUUAGAUGUAGUGUUUAAAGUGUUUAACUUGCUUAUUGUAUGUCUGUAGUUUAUUCCAUAUAUAUAAAUUGCGCCGCGAAAGAAACCAAUGCGUAAAUCGUAAUAUUGUGAUCGUUGCACGCGUUAUUGAUUUCCAUAUUAUGCAUUUACAAUGAAUUGCAAACGCCAGUUACAGUUAUCUUCCAUCUCUAUGGUAUGGUUAUUAGACUCUGCGGGUGUUCCCAACGUUAUAUUAUCUUACCCGUAUUAAAGAAUAGAAUGUUUUCGACAAGAAAUAAUUGAACAAAUAGUUAUAUGAUGACGGUAUGGUUGUAUAUACAGGGCUGUUUGAUUUAAAGCUAUUCUGAUGGACUAUUUAGUGAGGACGCAUAACUCAACUGGUCAAUUUUAUCAGUUUUGCAACUUAUUUUGCAAAUAAUCUGCGAAUUGUUUCCCGACUUUAAUUUAUUUGGAAAAGUUGCUAUAUAAGAGCUAUUAAGGACGUAUUAAUCCUCAACAAUAAUGUCCAAUUUAUUACAUUUUACAGCCCAUUUUAAUUCCACUACUAAGCAUGACAACGGGAUUACCUGAGGAAAGUAAUCAUUUUUUGCCAGUCAGCUGUGUGUCGAACCUAAAUUACCGAACCGCAUUAUCGACGUAAAAGCUGCUUCUUCUUCAGUCAGAUAUAAACAUGUUCACUUUUGUAAGUAAAAACUCCCUUUUUCCACUACUAACCAAAUCAAAGCCUGAUGUUUGAUUAGCAACGGCUAGUAAUUCGCAAAUUUCUGGUUUGAACGAACUCGCAUUUUCAGUUUUUGACAAAGUAAGGUGCUGACAAAUUGUACGUAAAGAAGCAGACCAAAAAAACAAGUCGUUACCAACGCUAAUUCCCUGUGAGGGAAAUGAAUGACUACCCAUGUUAUAAGAAAAACCGUAAACGGGGUAUAAGGCUCGCUAAUGAACAAAUUCGGAUCAGUUUAUCUAUCAACAAAUAAUGUGAUUAAUGGAACAGUCUUGUAAACAAUAGCUGGAUAAAAGAAUCAUUUGGAGGUAACAGUGUCGAUGUUUCUUUAAGUGCAGUUUAAUAGUCAUAAUUGCUUUAUAAAUCGCUAAAUUACGAAAAUGUAAAAAAAUAAUUGUGACGCACAUACUAACACGUAAUUGGACAAUUGAAAAAACAACGUGGCUCGUUUCAUUCAGUAGAAAUAGGUUUCAGAUUUUUCUUUUCCUUCAAAAUAUGCAAAUGAAGAAAGAUUCCAAACGAGUUUUUCACGAUAAUAAAACUAUACUUACUACGAAUCACAAAUAAUAACAGAUUUACUCAAUGGCGUUCGAAAACAGCAACAUAAAAUUAAAAUGAAAGUUAAAGAAAAUGUAGGGAAUGGAAUGAUAAUCUGCCUCUAUAAAUUUCAACAACAGGUAGGUCAAAAAUAAAUUUAUCUAAGCAAUUUUUUUAAUUGGAUUUUGCCACAUCGUAUGCAAGCUUACUAAAUCUUUACAACAAAUUUGUCACUUGUUAAUACGUAAUUGUCAUAAAGUAAGCGUAGGUUAUAAAGCAAGUCUUAUGAUUCCGCAAAUUUUGAAAUUCAAUGGAUGAAGACUUGGCCAUUUGGGUGGCCAGACUAUUGUCCAAUAGCGUUCCGCUUGCUGAAUUUAAUUUUAUUCCGACCUAUCCGGUCAAUACAGCGUUACGAAUGCUUAUUUAGUACUUUUCAUUUUCACAGCGCGUGCAAAAUCCGGUAGAGUUCUACCCAGUAGUAUGGAACAGGGUCUUAAGUCUUAAUGCACGACACGAAAAGCAGCUGCCUGCUCAAAUCCAUCUAACAAAGUGGGACGUCUGUGCAUUAUAUAAAGGAUUUGAGUUUUAAAUAUUUUCGUUCUAGUAUCACACGUACCAAAUUUACUUUUAGCACUUAGAUAAAUUUCUUAGGAAAAUUGUAGUGAGUUGGUCAUUAAAUGCGACUCUUUGAAGCUUCGAACUACGUGUUGACAUUUUUGUUGUCUUCCUUCUGCCCUAUAAAACCGCUUUUGGGCAAGCUUUCUUCAAGCUUGGCCUUCAAACCUACGCCAACUGAAAGUCUGAUUUUUAUUCAGUUAAACAGGAUUCGCUUAUGAGCUUGCUGGAUGAGCUCUAUUUGGAUUCGCUCUUUAUUCACGUUUCAUUGUAUUUGACAUCAACCUUUCCAAAUAAAGGAGCUUUCCAUUUUACGUUUAAGUAACUAUUGUUAGUAGAUUUUAUAUUUAAAAAAUUGACAAAUGCGCAAUUUCCUCCUUAAUUCUCAUCGACUGAGCAUUGACUAUUUUCACAGUUAGCGCCACAAAGAAGUGUCUGUAUAUUGUAAAUACCUUAUGAAUUCGCUGAGCAUAAUUGUAUCAUACUAUACUGUAUUGGCUAUUGUAAAAUGAAACCAUGAAAUCAGUUGUAAGUUAGUGAAGGCCGUGUGAUUUUUUUAAUGUAUGAUAAUGGUAAAUAUUUAAUUGUACAUAUUCUUAUUAGAAAUAAACACAUAUAUAAGGGCAA